UUUUAUACAAAUUGACAAUUCAAUUCUUGCAAAUACAAAGUGACAAUACUUACAUUCCAAUAUACCAAUCUCCUAUCACAUUCAUCCUUCUCAUACCUGCUUUGCCUAUCAGAAAAAGAAUCCUUAAUUGUUGUUGUUCUAUAAUGGCAGAGGCAUUUGUCCAACUCGUUCUUCACAAACUGAUCUCUCUUAUCAAUCGGGAGAUCGGACUAAUCUUGGGCGUCAACGAGGUGAUGAAGAUGCUCUGCAGCACUCUCACCACCAUCAAAGCUGUGUUGGAAGAUGUUGAAGACAAGAAAACCGAGAGCAAGGCAAUUCGAAACUGGCUUCAAAAGCUCAACGCUAUUGCGUAUGAGGUUGAUGACAUAUUGGAUGAGUGCAGCACUCAUGUCUCCAAACUCAAACACUCUCAUUCAAAAUAUAGUCGCUACAGCCUCAAGAAAAUUUGGUAUCACCACAACAUCGCAAGGAGAAUGAAGCAAGUCAACGAGAAAGUGGAGGCCAUUGCUGCGGAGCGUACUAAGUUUCAUCUCCGCGAGAUGCCUCUUCAUAGGCCAAGAGAAGUUUCUCUUGACUCACGCGAGACAGCUUCCCUGUUGAACGAGUCUGAUAAGAUUCAUGGCAGGGAAAAAGAUAAAGACAAGAUUGUGAAGAUUUUGGUGAAUGAUUCAAAGGAUAAACAGCAGAUGUCAGUGCUGCCAAUCAUCGGUGUUGGCGGCCUUGGGAAGACCACUCUUGCUUGACUAGUCUUCAAUGAUCCCCAAGUGGAAGAGCACUUCGAUGUAAGGAUUUGGGUUUGUGUUUCUGAUAACUUUGAAAUGAAGACUUUGGUGAAAGCCAUGAUUGAAUCUGCCACGGGGAGUGGAAAAGCAUGGGAUCUUCAGUAUUUGGAUGGAUGAUAUUUGAUUAUUGAGCAAAAAAAAGAUAUUUGAUUGUGAUGGAUGAUGUUUGGAACGACCACCAGGAUAAAUGGUUUGAGUUGAGAAACGUUCUAUCAUGUGGCUCAGCCGGUUCAUCUGUCAUUGUCACCACACGUCAGAAAAAGGUUGCUGAGAUAAUGACAACACUUCCAUGUUAUUUCUUUUAUGGGCUGUCGGAAGAGCAUUGUAGGGCGCUGCUGGAGCAACGCGCCUUCGGUCCAGGAGAAGAGGUGUCUCCUCAAUUGAAAAUAAUUGGUAAUCAGAUUGUGAGGAAAUGUGCUGGAGUGCCUCUAGCUGCUAUAACGCUUGGAGGAAUCCUACGGUUUAAAAGGAGGGAAGAGGAAUGUAUAUAUGGAACUUGUCAACUGAAGAAAGUUUGAUAGUGCCAGCUUUGUGAUUGAGUUAUCAUCAUCUUCCGUUGGAGCUCAGACAAUGCUUUGCUUAUUUUGCAGCCUUUCCUAAGGACCAUUACAUUGAAAAGGAAGAACUGAUCCUUCUAUGGAUGGCUCAUGGCUACAUUUCAUCGAAGGGGACUCUUCAAGUGGAAGAAGUUGGAAAUCAAAUAUAAUCAAUAAUGGAGAACAAAGUCCCCGGGGUACAAAGUGAAAGAAAUCUCGCAAGUGCAUCUACUGUCCGUGAGGUAAAUUUGCUACAUAAAACUGCCUUGUAUCCUAAAACUUUUCAGCAAGAUAUGGACAUUCCUUCCAUCUUGGAGCUCAAAAGUUUAAGGGUAUUAUAUGCAAAAGCAACAAAAGAUUUGCCUCCUUCCAUCGACAAUCUUAAACAUUUGCGAUUCUUGAAUUUAUCUCAAUCUAAAUUUCGCACUCUCCCCGGCUCAAUUUGUACACUUUGGAAUUUGCAAAUCCUCAACUUGGAUUACUGUGACAGGCUUGUGGCUUUACCUAAGAAGCUCAAAUCCUUACGUAAUCUCCAAUAUCUAUGUUUGUUGGAGUGCAAGUCGUUGCGUGAAAUGCCAUCUAAAAUGAGAGAGUUAAAUGGCCUAAAAACAUUGAGUAUGUUUGUUGUGGGUCUAAAGAGAUAUAACCAACUUGAGGAACUAGAAUGCUUGAACAUGGCUUCAGAUUAGGCAUCUGGAGAGAGUAAAAGACCAUAUGGAUGCAAAGAUAGCAAAAAUUGCAGUAAAAAAAAAUCUUCGAGAUAUGAGUUUGUCAUGGGAAAGAAAUGACUUAUCCAAGCUAGAGGAGGAAGUUGAUGAAAGGGUGUUGGAAGCACUUGGACCUCACCCCAAUCUUGACU